AUGUGUCAACAUAGAAGCUUACUAAAUGGUGGAAUUCUAGACGAAGAUUUGCACAAUGAAUGGACUGAAAGACAAAUAAAAAUAUUGGAAAUUCUGGAUACGUUUGAUACAAUAAGUACAGCCAUUUCGCAAGGCUUCUGGUUGGUUGCUUCAUUGGAGGAUGCAUCAUCAGCUUGCAAUCGAGUGCAGGAAAUGAAAACUGAAUUGCUGAUUUAUGCAUCAAAGGUACAAGAAAAUGUCGAGGAAACGGAUCGUUUGUGUGCAGAAGGCGCAGAAUUUCUCACACCGGAUCAAUUUCAUAGUUUGAAAGAGCAUCGAAAUAAACUUGAAGCGAAUUAUAAUCAACUUUUACAGCAUAUUGAUGUCAUUUUACCAAAGUUAAAUGUUUUAACAAAACUGUUGCUGGAAUUUUCAAAUGAGUCAAGUUUGCUGCAUUCAUUUCUAAAUGAAAAAGCUAGAGAAUUGACCAUUAUAAGAGCAGAAAGUGGUGAUCCACAGGCACUUCAAGAUUCACGUCAAAAAGCUAAAGCAGUAUUGGAUGAAGUAAUAGCUGCAAAAGACCGCUUGAAAGACACUUGUACGUUAUCUACACGUAUACAAUCUGAAAUUGAUGGUUAUGUGUUCGAAAUGCAUUCACAGUAUCCCAAUGCUCAAUUUCCGUGCAUAGAUGCACAUGAAUUAACCAGUACCAUCUGUAGGUUACAAGCUGACUACGAUAUCCUACAUCGAAAUUGUCAUGAAUUAUGCGCAUAUUUAAGCCAAUUAAAGUCAUUGGCAGUGGUGUAUACACAAAAUGCAGAAAGUUUAAACGAGUCAGUUACAAGUUUAGAGCGAAAAAUUUCUGAAAUAGAAAGCAUUUUACGUAGCACGGAUACUAUGGAUGGCAGCUCUCUGAUGUCCGAACUAUUAUCUGAAUUGGAAACACUACAGCAUGUCUCAUUUGAACAAAUAGGGAAGAUUGAAAUUGUUACGCAAUCCGCCAUUGAUCUUAAUAAUGCACUUACUGGCACUGAUGCUCAUGAACGUAUCUUAUGUGAAAAUCAGCGUCAUAUUGACGAACUUACACGAAGGCAAAUUCGUGCUCAAAAAAGAAUUGAAGAAAACAUUGAUUCAUGGCGGAGUAAGUUAGUAAAAACAAAGGGAAUCCGAGAAGGCAUGAUGAAUAUAAUGAACUGGUUGGAUGAAGAAAAUAAGCGAUACUCGGAGCCUAUUUCAUUACCUCUCUAUCUAGACAGACUAAUUGAAUUGAGGCAUCAAAAUGAGCUACAACAGCGUGAGAUCUCGUCGCAUCAAAAGAUUCUUACCGAAUUGCAAGCGGAUGCUCAAAAAAUAGCAGCAGCUAAUCCGGAUUCAAUAGCCAGCCGACAGAUGUUGAAGGACUGCAACGAUGCUCAGGAAAAAUUCACGACGUUAUUUUCUACUUCAAAGGCUCAUGGUAAUAACAUCGCGGAACUAUCCACAGCUCUAACUGAUUUUAACAAUAUGGAAGUAUCGAUCAACGAGAAAUUAUUAUUGUUGAAUGAGAAGUUAUCCAAUACUUCAUUGACAGAUUUAAAUGCAUUAAAUGAAAUCUGCAAUGAAUUGAAUCAGUUAGCGAGGAGUGAAUGGAAAGAAAUGGAAAGCAAAUGCAGAUGGAUUCUUACCGUACCGAACAUUUUUGGUGACAAUUGUUUGGAAAAGAAUGUUUCUCAUAUGAAUAAUGCAAUUAGAAAACUUACUUCACGGAUUGAGGAACUUAUCAGUCACGGGUGUGAUAUUGAGGAACUCUGUAAAACAUCUAAUGAAUUAAAAACCAAACUUACUGCAAAUCUUGAAGAUUUAGAAACAAAAGCUCGAGUUUUGGAAAAGUGUUCAUUGAAUCCGGUAGAUUUAGCUAAACAACGUUCAACGUGCCAGCAAUUACAAACAGAAUAUCAGAAUUGUCUCUCUGAAUUUGAAACAUUGAAUGAUACUAUUUCGAAAUUGGUUGAGGCUGAAACUAUUGCUAGUAUAAAGAUGAAGGGAAGUGUUGGACAAUCGGAAGGAACUCAGGAAACACUGCGUGAAGUGUCAUCUAUGCAACAGAGAUAUACUUCUUUGGGUUCAUUGCUACGAUUAAAGGAUGAAAAAAUCAGUACAGAUAGUGAAAAAUUAUCCGAUUGGGAUUUACAUCGAGAUAGUCUUGCCCGUUGGAUCAAUAAUGAAACUAAACGAUUGAACACGGAUUAUCCCAUAUUAUUUGUUAACGAAAUUAUUCGAACAAAUAUUGGAAAAAUAAGACGGCUGGAAGAAGUUCUUAUCAAAGAGAAACAAUUAGAAAUGGAAGAAAUUCGAAGUAAGGCACGUUUAUUGAUAAAUGGACCGUCUAUCCCGGGAAUUUCUGAUAUUGUAAACUCUCAGAAAGCGCUUGAAACUGACUGGGAGAAAUUGAACCAAACAGCAUCAACUUUGAAGGAAUGGAAUGAAUGAAUAACAAAUCUUGAUAAAUGGUUGACGCAAAAAGAACGGAUGAUGUCAGCCAUUGGAACUGUUAAUGUUGAUCCUAAAGUUGUAGACAACCAGCUAAUACAAAUUGAGUUACUUCGAAGUGAGCUGGAAGAUCAGAGUAUAGCUCGAAACAAAGUAAACGAAUUGGCACAUAAUUUGGUGACCAAAAGUGUAACUCCAGUAAGCUCACAACAGAUUGUCACGGAGAUGGAUACAUUAAAUCGUCGGUGGAUUUCAUUUCAUGAUAACCUGGAAGAGAAGAAAGUAACUCUUCAGAAAAUUAAAGAACUUGGAUCGGAUUUUUCUAACAAGCAACGAGAUGUGAAAAUGCAGUUGAUUGGUGUUGCGGAAGCAAUUGAGCAAAUAAAUCGUUCGCCACUAACGUCUGAAAGUGAUGUUGAUGAGCAAUUAAAAAUUCUGAAUGCAUCAAGUAUACGAUUAUCCGAGAUAUAUUCACAAUUAGAGGAAUUGAAAGAACUUGUAAAUUUAAUCUGCGAAAUCACACAAGAUCAUAGCUUGCAAACGGAUAUACGCGAGCAGUUAAAUGCAACGAUACAAACUGCUCAAGAAUUAAAUAAAAAAAUGGAAAGCAUGAAAAUAGCAGCAACAAAUACAAAGGAUGAAGAAGGUCAAACAGUGACGGAAGCCGAAGAAGCAAUUAAAUGGAUGGAAGAUAUGCAGGAGCAGCUUUCCGAUUUGGGUCCUUUAUCAGUAAUUUCCGCAGAACUUGAUGAACAGCGUUCAGUAAUUGAAAAAAUUUACAAUGCUGUGUUAGAUAAAGAGGGCGACAUUACCUUGUUAAGGGCAAAACUGAUGGAUCAGAUGAAAAAAGCACCAAAUUCGAGGCAGAAAGAAAUUUUCGAUAAUAUUUCUACUGUUUGGAAUCCAUUGUUAGAAGAAACCAAAACAAGACAUGCAACUGCUGAGCGAGCUUUUGAUCUUGUAAAUCAAUUGGAAAAUUUAUUGAAAUCUCUAACAAUACAGGUGGACGAGAAUCGAUUAGAGUUAAACGGAAUAUCAGAGAGCAAGGAUAAUGAUGUAGCUGAGAUAGCUGCUAUAAAGGAAGAAGUUGGCAAACAUGAACUUGAACUUAUUAUGUUAGAAUCUCUACUACAUAAGUUGGAAGCGAUCACAAAUGGACCAUCACUGAGAAAACUUAGAAGAGAAGUGGAAAAUGCAACUGGAGAUUUGAGAGCGUUGCAGAAAGAUAUCAGAAAUAUUUGGCAAAAGGCGCAGACAUCGAAGGAUAUCCAGAAAGAAUUUUCAAGAAAAAAAGAGGAAGCGCAAAAUCUACUAGAUUCAGCCAAAGAAACAGCUGAAAAUUUAAAAAGUAGUGAUGGCGUUCUGUCAGUUACAAAAGAAAUUUUGUUGAAAACCGUUGGUGAUUUUGAGAAUAGCUGGCAUAAGAAAGAGCGAGAAUUACAUGGGGCAUUGAAAGAUAUAGAGGGAGUUGUUACACGUGAGAAAGCUGAAAAAUUACAUGAGGAAAUGCGUAAAAUGAAUGACGAAUAUGCUGAAGUGAUAACAAUUAUUCAAAAUUUACAUUGUGAAAUGAAAAAGAGAGACGAAAUAUUGGAUGCAGUGGGACAAAAGAUCAGCUUACUAAAUGCUGAAAUCCGAAAGAUAAAUGAAGAUUCGUUAUCACCGAUUGAACGCAACGUUGUAAAAUUGGAACAACAGAAUAGAGCUUGUGAUGAAUUGUUGAAAAAUACUGCUGACAAAGGAAAGAUUUUGAAUGAGUUGGCAUCUGAAUGGCAACGAGUUUGUAGUACCGCUGUCACUCAAACGACACAGAAAAAUGCAGUUGUCCAGCAAAUAAAUGAAAUUAAAGAAGAUUUAAAUAAACAACGUACUGUUAUCACGCAGCGCAAACGUGUUAUUGGAAAUACCCUUUUGGCUGUACAGGAAUUUGUUUGCAAAGCAGAAGCGUUAAGAAAUGAAUUCGAAAAGCUUGCUACUGAUGAUAUGUUAAAAGAACCUAUUCAAACUGAAUUAAAUGUCCUAAGAACACAACAAGAGAAAUUGAGAAUCUUUCAUGAAAAACUACGGCCUACUAAUCAGAAUUAUGCAGCAGUUUUGGAAAAUUGUGAUAAGCUUAUAAAAAGUGCUGAUGAAGGAGUCUCUACAACAACGUUGGAAGAGGAGAAAAAUAAACUUACCGAUGUUUGGAAUGCUUUAAAUAAACAGAUAGCAAACCGUGAACAACAAAUUUGCUCAUCUCUGCAAGAACUUGGAAGUUACACUGAUGCACAUAAUACGCUUCUUGUGUGGCUACAAGAUACCGAAGAAUCACUACAAAACCAGCGGCCACCAUCUAUCGAAUAUAAAGUCGUUAAAGAGCAAACGCGAGCUAAUGAUAUUUUACUAAAACAUAUUGAAGAAAAACAACAGAGUGUCGAUGGUUUCAAGAAAUUAAUCGAUAAAGUUGUAGAACUUAUAACAGAUUUUACUAAACGUGAAACACUGAAGGAACAAGCAGGCAAUAUCACACAAAGAUAUGCUGCACUGGUCGAAAGAGCCCAAGAUCGGCGUAGUUGCUUGCAUGAUGCGAUUGCUUUAACCAAAGAUUGGGCGCAGUUGUCGGGAUCAUUCAAAACAUGGCUUGAAGCAAACGAGCGUACACUGCAAGAACUUGGACAAGUACCAACUGAUGAGGAAAAAUUUCAGCAACAAAUUAACUUACAUCAGAAAUUACAAGAAAAUAUCGAAAUGAAGCAUAUCGAUGUGGAGAAAAUGGUGCAGCUAUGUCCCCUUCUUGCUAAUUUAACAUCUGGAGAAGAAGCCGCCGAAUUGGAGACAACCUUUAAAACCUAUAUGAUACGAUAUGAAAAUUUGGGUACGCGAGCUACUGAAUGUGGAGUUUUGCUGCAGCAGAUUGGUGAAGAAAUAGCCAACUUUUUGAAACGCACUAAUAUGCUAACGGAAUGGUUAGAUAAGAUUGAGAAUGAUAUGGAUAAAUUCGAGACAGUUUCGAUCUAUCCGGAAGAACUGAGCGAGCAAAGUACCUUACUUGCCGAUCUGGCAAUGGAAAUAACAAAACAGGAAGCUUUAGUUUCAACGGUUGUUGAAGAUGGUCAUGAAUUAUGUAAGCAAACAACUGGUGAUGAAGCAAUUGCCCUUCAAAGUCGUAUAGAAGCAUUACGUACGCGUUAUCUUGAUUUAACUACUGUAACGGAUGCAAAAAUUGCUAUUUUAAGUGAAGCUUUACCAUUAUCAGAGAAAUUUCACGAUGGCUAUGAUAUUGUGCAGCAAUGGAUGGAUGCUGUAGAACAAGAUUUACAGAUUGUCGAUCAGAACCUACUUGAAACUCAAGCAACAAUACUAGCACAAAUGGAAGAUGAUUUGACGAAAUUACGAGUUGAUGUUGAGGAAAUUAACGAUGUUUCAAAACAACUGCAGAAUCUCAUCCAUUUCAAAGCAGAUGAGCUGGAAAUACAAACCGAUGAUAUGACGCGCAGAUUUAAUCACCUUGCUGAACAGAUUACGCGUAAAGGUGAUAAAAUAACGUCAGUUGAGAAGCAAAGUCGGCAAAUUUUAGAUGAAUUAGACUAUCUUAAUGAAUGGUUUGCUGAUGCUCAUGAACGUUUAAUGCAGAGUGCAGCACCAGAAGUAGACCCAGACUACGUUAAAAAGCAACUUAAAAAUCAAAAACAAAUGAACGAAGAUAUUGCGGUAAUGAAAGCACGAUUGCGAGAUGCAAUUACAGAUGCACAUAAAGUUGUUCGUGCUUUGGGUGGUGAAGCCAAUGGUCAAGAUUUAUUGCUUGGAAGCAAAAUCGAGACUGGACGAACUCUCUCUGCUGAUGUAACUCAGUUGGGUGAUGAAAGAUUGGCUAAAUUGGAGCAAGCGUUGGCAUUAUGCCUUGAAAUCGAUCAAUCAUUUGGUGAAUUGCAUUCCUGGCUAGAAAAUAUGGAAAAUGAGAUUGAAAAUUGUCCAUCCGUCACAACAGGACAUCAACGAGAUCAGUUGAUGCAACAACAAAUCCAUAAUACUAAACUACAACAUUCGAUCAUAUCACACAAACCAUUAAUGGAUCGUUUUCACAAAAAUAUCAGUGCUCUGAGUGAAUUAUGUGGUGCAGAAGACGAAAUACAACUUCAAAAAAUAGCUGAAGGUUUGAAUGAGCGAUUCUUUGCUGCUCGAGAUACUGUUCGUCAUCGAGCUGAGGCACUUGAAGCUGCAAUCGAGCAGAGCAGUCAGUUCAUGGAUAGAUUGGAUAUUGUUCUGGCAAAUCUGGAUGGUGCUGCCAUGCAAAUUCGAAAUCCGGAACCAAUAGUGGCUGAUCCAGAACGUAUCAAAUCGCAAAUUAUGGAUAAUCAUUCUCUAAUGGAGCAGCUUAAACAUAAAGAAAGUAUAUUGAGAUCAGUAAAGGAAAAUGCCGAAGAGAUUUUGACACAUGCAAAAUCAAAUGAUACUGGAACUGCAGAAAUGAGUAUUAAAAUCAAAGAACUUGAUGCAUUAUGGGAAGAACUGAUAAAAGGUGUCGCGAUGAGAGGAAGUGUCUUGGAAGGUACACUAGUUAAAGCAGAACAAUUUUGGUACGAAUUGAAAUCUUACCAGAAAGCGAUUAACGAAUUGCACUUGCGCAUUGAAGGAAUACAACCUGCGCUUGGAGAGCCGACUGUUAUUGAGCAGCAGCAAAACAUUCUUCUAGCAAUUAAGAGCGAAAUGCGAGAGAUCAAACCUGAAAUAAUGGAUAAAUUACGUAGCGCUGGGCGUGAUCUUUGUGAUGUAGUUGCUGAAGAAGAAAAAGCUCAUAUAGAACAGCAAAUGAACGGAGUUGAAGGAGAUUGGAUUACGGUAACGGGUAUGUGUGAUCGGAAAGGAUCAGAUUUGAUUGAAGCCAUGGAAAAAGCUAUGGAAUUCCAUGAUUUAUUAACAGAACUGUUAAAUUGGAUAGGAGAAACAGAAACUGAAGUAUUCAAGCUAGGUUCUGGUACUGUCGCAUCAUCCAAUGAUAUUAAAAAUGAGUUUGCUGCUCUGGGUGAUUUACGUUCAUUAUUGGAUGAGAAAACUUUGGAGAAGGAAAAGUUGAAUCAGCUAUGUGCAAGUCUUUGUGUUGGUAGUACUGCACAACAAUCUGCAAAUAUUAGAGCACCGAUUAAUGACCUGAAUAUUCGCUGGAAUAGAUUAUAUGCAUUGUUGAACGAACAUCAACAAAAAACGGAAAAAGCAUUGUUGGAAAUGGGACAGUUUUCGCAAGCAUAUGAACAGUUAAUGAUUUGGAUCGAGAAAACGCAACAUGUUUUAAAUGAAAUCAACUCUCGACCAAACAGUAUUAAGGAAGCAGAAGUGGAAGUUUACAAGCAUAGAAUAAUACAAAAUGAAAUUUUGGUACAUGAAGCAAGCGUGGAUACUUUGAAUAGUGCUGCUAAGCGUAUCAUUGCUGCUGAUCCAAGUGCUGCAAGCUCAACGCAACCAAUGAUUGAUAAGUUGAAUUCAAACUGGCAUAUGUUGGUUGACAAGUUGGAGGAUGUUUGGGUACAGUUGGAUGAUGCCCGGAAAGCUGCUGAAAAUCUGGGUAGUGAAGUGGAUCGGUGGGCAAUGUGGCUUCAGGAUAAAGAUGCGGAUUUGUUUCAUAUGAAACCAACAGGUGGUUUACCGGAAACUGCACAAGCACAACUUGAUGAUUUCUUCGUUUUAAAGGCUGAAAUCGAACAGAAUCGACCUGCAUUAGAAGCGCAUUUGGAAACAGCAACGAAGUAUCUAUUUGAUAGUGAUCGGGAUUCAUGGAUUGCGCAACGAGGAGCCCAGUUGACGAAAAAGUGGAUUCAGGUGCAAGACAAGAUUGGUGAUAGAGAGCAGAAGUUGAGGAUUGCAUUGACAGAAGCUGAACAGCUUCAUUCUUCUAUGACAGCAAUGAAUGAUUGGUUAAAUUCAGCAGAAAGCUAUUUAGGUUGUUUGGAACAUGUGUCGAGAAUUCCUGAUAUUGUAGAAAAGCAGAUGAAUGAACACACCAAAUUCCAAGUUGAAGUAUCGCACUAUCGAGAAUUAAUGAGUGACUUGAAUAGCAAAGGCACUAAAUUACAGUAUUACUGUGAGAAAAAGGAUGCAAUACCAAUCAAGAAUUUUCUUGUUUCGGCUAAGCAUCGUUUCGAUAAAGCUGCUUCAAGAUGUGCUGAUCGAAUGAAGCAACUGGAUCACGCAUUACAAGAAGCACAAGUUUACUUUGAAUCACAUGCUGAGAUAAUCGAUUGGAUAACUUCAAGGCUUAAAUGGAUUGAUGAUCAAUACGCGCAGACGGCAUCCGGUGAUCGAUUGCGAGUUGAUUUGGAAAAACAUCGGAAAUUCCAGCUUGAACUGACCGAACGACAAGCGGUAUAUGAAGCAACAUAUAAACGAGGAAAGACACUUUCGGAGCAUGCACCACGUGAAGAGCAGGAAGGAAUCGAUCAGAUGAAUGAACUGUUGAAAGAGAGAUGGACUCAGCUAAUUAAUGCUACAUUACAAAAACAACGAUCAAUCGAGGAUGCAUUGUUGGCAUGUGGAGAGUUUGAUGAGGCUUUGUCCUCACUUCGAGAGUGGCUCGAAAAGUCUUUGCCUGAUUUACAAAAUAUGGAAACCAUUCCUGUAUAUGGUGAUUUGGAGACUGUUAGCAAAUUAUGCGAUAAACAUAAAGAAUUAAAGGAACAAAUAGAUGCUCAUCGGAAUACAUUGAACUCGGUGAAAGAACGUGCGCAACAGAUGUUGGGGAAAGAAUCGGAUGAUUCGUUAGAUGGUCUGAAAGAAAAGGUAGAAAAGGUAAAUGAAGAUUGGGUGCUUCUAGAAGAAUUGGCAAAGAAAAGAGAGGAGCAGUUGAAAAUUUCUUACGACAUUGCCAAAAAUUUCAAUGAUGAGAUUCAUGAAUUUUUGGAUUCUUUGCCAAAGAUUGAAGCAAGAUUAAGAACUAAGAGUCAAAUAGUAGAAGAUGAAAGUGAAAUUUUGGAACAAAUGGACGAAGUAGCACAGAUAAAUAAAGAAAUGGAUGAUAAAAAGCCAUUAAUGGAGUCUAUCAAGAAAACUGGGGAAGAUAUCCAAUCCAAGUGUCAUCCCUCUGCAGAACAACCAAUGAAGUAUUGGUUGAAAGUGUUACAAAAUCGAUGGGCUGAAGUAGCGAAUGCUGUUGACAACAAGAGGGAUGAUUUGGAUAUGCAACUCACUGAACUUCAUGCGAGAGAGAAAAUGAUUGCUGAUUUGUUGAAGUAUAUUGAAGAAAAAAGUUCUGAAUUGAAAGUAUUAAAUGAAACAUCGCUACCGCAGGAAAUAAAUGCUCUUGACAGACUCAUUGAGAAUCAUGAACAAUUCGAGAAAACUUUACGGGAAAAGCAGGGACUAGUUGAUGAGGCCACAAGAAAUCGACGAAAGCUUGUUGUAGAAGAGAAAGUGAAAAAAAAGGGCGGCAAAGCACUUCAAAGGCAUGAACAUCGUGCACGACAUCUUAAAUCUGAUCAGCUCUCCAGUAGAUGGAAAAAAUUAUGGAUAGAUUCAAUGGAUUAUGGCCGUCAGUUACGUGAAAUGAAAGAUUAUUUGGAGGAGGUGAAAAGACUGGAGUCGUUUUCGUUCGAAAAAUGGCGUGAGCGAUAUUUGGAAUGGACUGAUUCUGGAAAAGCUCGAAUUUCCGACCUAUUUAGAAGAAUUGAUAAAAGUGGAACUGGACGAGUACCACGAGCUGCUUUUAUUGAUGGUAUCAUAGCAUCCAAAUUUCAUACUACACGACUAGAAAUGGAGAAAGUUGCGGAUGAGUUUGACAAAGGUGAUGGAAUGAUUGAUUCAAAAGAAUUUAUGGCGAAACUUCGUUUCGAGUUUUCGAAAAAAUUACCGAUGAAACAAAAGACGGAUAGUGAAAAGAUCACAGAAGAAGUUGUAAGGCAAUCGGAAAGGUGCAACUGCAUUAAUCGAUAUAAGAUUCAGAAAGUAGGCGAUGGACAUUAUCGCUUCGGUGAAACGCAAAUUAAGCGUAUGGUCCGUAUCCUUCGAUCAACAGUUAUGGUCCGCGUAGGUGGUGGAUGGGUUGCUUUGGAAGAAUUUCUACAUAAACAUGAUCCUUGUCGUGCUAAAGGACGAACGAAUCUCGAUCUGCAUCGUAAUUUUUAUGAUGAUGUUCGACCCAAAGAUGCGUACGAUACGAUGGAAACAUUCACUAAAUCGGCCAGAUCAACACCAAAUCGAGAUUCGCCGAUUCGUGGUUUUCAAGAAUCUUUGUUGCAAUCUCGUUUCCAGGCAACUCCGGGUCCGAUUACAAAAAUUAGGGAAAAGACAGAACGCAGUAUGCCAAUGUACGUCACUGGGCGUUCGCCAACCGUCGGUCGUAAUUCUCCAUUUGAUAUAUCGAAAUCAAAUAAAAAAUCAUGUGAAAUGAAUGGACAAGAUUCAAAAAUCAGGCGACCAAGCGCUUUAAGCAUUGUUGCAAGCUCAGGAUCUCAUGGUGACAUGUUAGAUUUGUCACGACCGGUAAGCCGAAGCUCAGAUGUUUCAGUUGACGGCGAUCGGCCAACACGAAUACCUUCACUGCGUGGUCGAAAGGGUGUCGGUUAUAGAGCAUCACCUGCACGAUCAAGUCCUCAACCACGUAUAUAA